AUGGAGGUUGAAGAAGCUGGAACAAGGCAUCAACAAUCAUCAUCAUCCUCAACUACUACACUCGUAAUUCUCACAGCGGCUUUCCUCAUCGCUUCCGUCUUCUUCUUCAACAACAACAACAACAACAGCAUCAUCCAUGGCUUCUCUCCACCUUCAAGCUUUCUAACAUGGAGCAGCAACCAAGCUGCACCCAAUCUCCCAAACGGGAGCCGCCAUAGUAGCAGUCUUUUGGAGAAAGCUUGUGCAGUGACAAGGGAUCCGAAGCUGGAGAAAGUAGAAGCGAGUCUAGCCAUGGCCAGAGCUCUGAUCAAAGAAGCUGCUGCCACGUUGAACUGCACUGCAUCGUCAGCUCUACAUCAAGACUCGGACUAUGUUCCAUACGGCGACGUUUACAGGAACCCUUGUGCGUUUCACCGAAGCUACUUACUAAUGGAGAAAAUGUUCAAGAUCUUCGUCUACCAAGAAGGCGACCCGCCAUUGUUCCACGACGGGCCCUGCAAGAGCAUCUACUCCAUGGAAGGCCUGUUCCUCAGCUUCAUCGAAACCGAUCACACCAAUUUCACAACCAACGAUCCCGACGAAGCCCACGUAUACUUCCUCCCCUUCAGCGUCGUCAAGAUCAUCGAGCACCUCUUCCAUCCAGUCGUUCGAGACAAAGCCGUCCUCGAGCGCACCGUAGUCGACUACGUCCGCAUCAUAUCCGAUAAAUACCCCUUUUGGAACAGGAGCCUCGGGGCGGACCAUUUCAUGAUCUCCUGCCACGAUUGGGGGCCACGAGCGACUUGGUAUGAAAAGAAACUGUACUACAACUCCAUCAGGGUACUCUGCAACGCCAACACGUCGGAACACUUCAACCCGAAAAAAGACGCCUCCUUUCCAGAAAUCAACCUGGUGUCAGGGGAAAUUCCUGACAGUACUGUCACGUCAUCAGGAUCUGAGAAUCGGACGAAUCUCGCGUUCUUCGCUGGCAGGAUGCACGGCAAGAUCAGGCCGCUGCUCUUCAGGCACUGGAAGGAGAAGGAUCCCGACGUCCUGGUGUACGAGACGCUUCCUGAGGGUGUUUCGUACCAGGAGAUGAUGAGGAAGAGCAGGUUCUGUUUGUGUCCGAGCGGGCACGAAGUUGCGAGCCCCAGGAUUCCUGAGGCGAUCUACGCUGGUUGUGUUCCUGUCUUGAUUUCGAGGAACUACGUGGCUCCUUUCAGCGAUGUUCUGAAUUGGGAUGCUUUUUCGGUUCAGGUUCCGGUGGAGGGGAUCGAGGACCUGAAGGAGAUCCUGAUGGGGAUUCCUGAAGGGAGGUAUUUGGAAUUGGUGAGGAAUGUGGAGCAGGUGAGGAGGCAUUUUGAGGUGAAUGAUCCUCCCAGGAGAUUUGAUGUGUUUCAUAUGAUUCUGCAUUCUGUCUGGUUGAGAAGGCUGAAUUUCAGAAUCCCCAAUUGA